AUGUCAGAAGUUGAUCCCAAAACAUCAUCGCUGCACGUCGAGUCUUCCAAGCCGUUAGACACAGAGCAGAUUCUUUUCGAGGGCCUUUCUGAUGAAGAAACAAGACUCAUAGAGAACAAGUUGGUUCGAAAAAUCGAUUUUCAUCUAAUCUCGGCGUUGUUCCUACUAUUCAUCUUCAACAUCUUGGACCGAUCGAAUAUCGCCAAUGCACGAUUGGGAGGAUUACAAGUGGAUUUGAAUCUCUCAGAUACUCAAUAUCAAACUGGAGUGGCUAUAAUGUUCGUCGGUUAUCUUUUGGGUCAAGUCCCAAGCAACAUUAUAUUAUCCCGGUUAAAACCGUCCCGCUAUAUCCCGACCACCAUCUUCAUCUGGGGAGGCAUCUCUUUAUGCACUGCAGCAACCAAGAACUUCGCGGGGCUGAUGUGUGUGCGAAUCUUCCUUGGAUUUGUGGAGUCGCCGUUCUUCUCCGGAGCGCUGCUACUGAUCAGUUCUUGGUAUAAACCAUCAGAAAUCGCUGUUCGUGUGGCGAUCGUUUAUUGUGGAAAUACAGUUGCAAACGGAUUUGGUGGAUUGCUAGCCGCUGGAAUCAUAACUGGGUUGGAUGGCAAGGGAGGCCUUGCAGGAUGGAGAUGGCUUUUUAUGAAUGAAGGCGCGGGAACCAUGGUGGCUGGCCUAGUCGCAGUAGCUCUGUUGCCCGACUUCCCUUCGUCGGGCAAGCAGAAGUGGCUUACCGAACAGGAGCAGCGCUUGGCUGAGUGGCGCUUGACUCGUGCAGCCAACGAUUAA